AUGAGUUACGCAAUAUCACCUUUGGUAAGACGUAUAAUAUUGUAUCAUGAUAUUCAAAUUAUUCUUGUUGAAGGAGUAUUUCAAGUCAAAAUGUCAAAAAGCUACAUACGAGAACAUUUAAAACCAUCGAUAUUAGACGAAGAAGAUAUGAUAUUUGAAGUCCAAGCUGAUAUUCAUUAUCCAGAUCUUAUUCGUGUCCAGUUUCAAUCAAGACAUUCUAAAAUGAAGAAAUACAAUGCAACUGUUCGUUUCAAUAGUGAAAAACAAACCGUGGAAGAAUGGUAUUGCACAUGUCCAACAGGACCAAGAAAGAUUGGUUGUUGCACACAUGUAUGUGCUUUACUAUGGCAUCUUGGCGUAAAUCGCGCGCAGAUUCCUCAAACACAUCCUCUUUCAGCAGCUCAUCUGCUCCAAUUUGUAGAGGAUAGCAAUGCAUAUUCAAGAUUUGAAGAAUCAGAUGAAGACGACGAAGACAUUUUGUAUUCUCUUGACAAUGAUAUUGAUAUGGAAUCUGAUAGCUCAUGA